AUGCCCGGAGGUCACAAAAACAAAAAGAUGAACGCGCCUAAUGCUCGUAGCGGCACCGAACUACGCGAAUCAAUAGCAACAGGUUCUGCGAGCGCACUCUCUGCAGAGCUCCUUUCAAGGAUAUUUUACCUCUUCUCUGUCGAAGUCGUCGAAGAUCUGGAGUGGACGGGGGUCCUCAAAGUUUGUCGUCACUGGCGGUUGGUGGGCCUAAGGACGCACGCGUUGUGGACAAACAUCAACUUAAUCCACGGUCUCUCUUUCAUGAACAUCUGUUUGCGGCGCUCAGGAAGCAUGUUGGUCAAUGUCUUCGCCGAGGAGGACGAUAUCAUCCCGGAUCUUACUGACAUCAUCGCUUAUGUCGCCACUCAUGCUCAUAGAAUCCGCAGCUUGCGCUGGGAGGCCGAAGGCAUAGAAGCUCUUGUGCAGAGUCUCAAUUUCGUCAUGCCACACCUUACCCACCUUACUCUCGGCGCCGAAAAUGGUGACGACGUCGUCCGUGAUCAUGUUUGGAAAUCUAGUCGCGAUUUGUUUCCUUGCCUCCGUUCGCUCUCGUUGUCCGGGGUUGAUAUGGAAUGGAGCAUCCUGAGCUUCACCUCCCUUGUCGGCCUGCAGCUGGGAAGGCUCACAAGACCUAAAUCAAUGGACGAUUUUCUGCAUUUGUUACAAGCCUCUCCGAACCUCGAGACGUUGCAUGUGGACUACUCUGCGCCCAGUCUGGUGAAGAACCUAGAGGAUAUGGAUGUAUGUGAGGAUGAGCCAGAUAUUCCUCCACCAGCAUGGAAUCUACCACUUCCGAAGUUGCAACAGCUCCGCCUUCAAGACACUACGUUCAAUGUCAAGUGGUUGCUCUCGCACCUAUCCAUACCUUCCAGCACGACUCUCUCAUUCAUCUAUCCUCUGGAGGUUGGCACAGAGGAGUACGUCGACGUUGACAUCAUCUCUCAGGCCAUUCCGAAGGACGGAUCUUUGUCGCCUAUUCUUUCGCUGAUACAACGACUAAAAAUCGUUGUCCAAAGGGGAGGGGUAUAUCUCGACGGAUUCGGUGGCACCGAACUCGAGAAACCGAAGUUGAUAAUGCGUUUUGAAGACGACUUCGAGCGCGAUAUCGAAUAUCUCCUUCCUCGUGUCCUCCGAGAGCUCGGACAUGUCUUCCGCUCCUCCCCUAUAGUGGUUCUGGAAAUCGCUGGCGACCUUUCUUUGGAUGAAAAUAGUUGGAGGAAGACGCUCCAGUGCUUUCCCCAACUGGAGCACCUUGAAUACAAUGGUGAUACCAUAGGGUUAUUCAAGGCGCUCGGUUCGUCCCCGGCAUCACCGCAGACACAGGAGAAGAUUAUUUGUCCACAGCUGAAAAGGAUACAUGUUGUCUCCGGGAUGUGGAAGGACACUGUCAGUGCGAUGCAUACCGGUCUUGCAUACCGCGAAGCCCAAGGGAUGCGUUUGGAGUCACUUUCCGUGCGUCCUCGAGUCCGACUAAACAAGAAGGACUUGGCAAAUCUCAAAAGCGUAGCUGUCGGUAUUCUGGAUAUAGAACUUGACCAAUAA